AUGUCAAAACGAAGAAGAAAUAAUAAAAGGAAUAAAAAGGACGAACGUAAUUACAUUGAAAUAUCUGAUGAUGAUGAUGAUGACAAUCAAUCCAUCGAUUAUGAUCACAUCUCCAUCGAUUCUACCCUACCUUCUUCUCCUUCUUCAUCAUCAGACCAACAUCAACCCGAAACGAAUACAGAAUCUUCACAUGUACAUUUUACAGAAGACAUGAUUCCUGAAAGUGAUAGAGAAGAGGAUUUCAUUUCUUUAAAUACUGAAGUCAAUACACGUAGUAGGCAAGAGAAACGUAGAGAUGAAAGAGCAGAAUUAAAGCGUAAACGAGAAGAUUCAAAUGAAGAAAACAAGUCAGAUGACAUUGAUAUAUGUUAUCCUUGGAUGAAUUUAAUGUCUUAUUAUCGUAUAAAGCAACCUCUUUCUGCUAGAAAAUUAUUACAACAUGAGGUAGCUUGUUUUUUGCAAUACAUUGAACCAACAGAAAUAGAGAUUAAAUUAAGAGAAUAUUUAAUACAUCGCAUAAGAACAGCAAUUCAAGCGAAUAUACCUGAAGCCAAAGUAACUGUAUUUGGUAGCUAUUCUACCCAAUUAUAUUUGCCCAAUAGCGAUAUUGAUCUUGUUGUUCAAUUUCCUCCCUCAGUACAAGUAAGACUUCGACGAAUAGCUCAUAUAUUAGAAUCAGAAGAAAUAUGUCGAGAACCGCAUAUUAUUGAGCAAGCAACGGUUCCUGUAAUUAAACUUCAAGAUAUAAUGACAAAGCUUAAAGUAGAUAUUAUCUUGAACUCAACCUCAGGAGUUGAUAGUGCACGAAGGAUUAAUAAAUUCGUAAAGAAAUAUCCAGCUGUUCGACCUUUGACAUUAAUUGUAAAGUAUCUUUUAUCACUUCGUCAGUUAAAUGAAGUAUAUACAGGAGGAUUAGGUGGUUAUGCUAUUGUGUGUCUUGUUGUUAGCUUUUUACAGAUGCAUCCUAAAGUAGCUUCGAAAGCAAUCGACCCUAUGCAAAAUAUAAGCUCAUUAUUAUUAGACUUUUUUCAAUUAUAUGGAAUUAUGUUCAAUGUAGAUCAAGUUGGUAUUGAUGUAAAUGGCAAUGGUUCUUAUUAUGACAAAAGUGGUAUUGUUUGUAGGAAUGGAAGAACUGUUUUCUCUAUUCAUGAUCCUGAAGAUCCUUCUAACGAUAUCGGUAUCAAAUCAUACAAUGCUAUAGCUAUUAUUCGAACAUUCAGAUAUGCAUAUGUAUCCAUGACAAGGAAAGCAUUCAUAUUGGAAGAAGAAUUAGAGGAGAAUAAUUAUAAAAAACUAUAUAGAGAAACCAUAGAGAACCCUAAAAGUGGUUCUAUUCUUAGCUCUUUCCUCUAUAUAUCCGCUGAAUUCAUAAAUCAAAGACAAUUAAUGAAUGAUGUAUAUGAUGAAAAACGAUGGGAAGGACAAACAGCAGCCAAAACAUUUUCAUUUUAA